UUGAAUUGUUUAAAGUUAAUUAGUCUCUCUGAUAUGUUUAAAGUUAACCAAGAGGAGGAUCAAUUUUGUAAUCAACUAAUUUAGUAAUUUAACUAACUAAUAACAAGUCAAUUAACUCAUCAUCGGCAGCCAAUGAAUGGAUUACCUUUUAAAUCAUUGGAAUGGAAAAAAAAAUUAAAUGAAUUGUUGUGAGAAUUCAGAACUUUUUUUUCCUCCUUCAUUGAUUAACAAUUUAUUAGACACAGGAAGAGACAAUUAAACAAUUGUUUCGACUUCAGGUAACAUCAAGUUUCGAGUUGAAAACUUUUUUUUUUCUGUUUUUGUUUUAUUCUUUCACCAAAAGUUUCUCAUUAAUUAGUUUUGUAAUUUAGAGACAAUUUAUCAAUAGUUAAUUGCAAUUCAAUUGUUUACCUUUCUGUUAGAAAAGUGAUAAUAAUUAGUAAAUUGAUAAAAUACAAUUUCUUUGGUUGAAAUAAGUUUAAACAAUUUGAUAAUCAUGAAAGAUAAUCAGGUAAUUAUAUCCGGUGUUUCUGGUCGAUUCCCUAAAUCUGAUAAUGUUGAAAAGUUUUGGUCAAAUUUGUUCAGUGGUCAACCACUUUAUGGACCGGAUACUUUUCCAUAUCCCAAAAUCUUUUCCAGGUUACCCAAAUCCAGAGGCGCUCUUAAUGAUACCAGAUUAUUUGAUAACACUUUUUUCAAUUACACAAUUAAGGAAGCAAAUACCCUUGACCCACAGAUCAGAAUACUCUUGGAGGUUGUUUAUGAAUCUCUUUGGGAUGCUGGAAUACGACCUGAAGAAUGGAGAGGUACUCGAACGGGAUUUUUUCUCGGCUCUGCUUUCGAUGAUACCGGAUUAUCUGUUCGUUGGGAUUAUAAGCUCGAUUUGCCUCAAUAUUUUGCUCAACGGGUUUCCUAUUAUUAUGAUUGGAGAGGACCGACAAUGAUAGUGGACACUGCGUGUGCUGCAAGUUUAAAUGCCCUUCAUUCAGCCUACUGGUCAAUAAUGAAAGGUGAAUGUGAUCAAGCCGUUGUUGCCGGAAUAUCAAUCCACUUGAAGCCAAGUAUAACCGUUUGUUUUGGUGAACUUGAGAUGCUUUCAAAAUCCGGUGUUUCUUGGUGUUUAGAUGAAAAAGCUGAUGGUUAUAUACGAAGUGAGGCCAUUGUUGCCGUUGUCCUACAGAGAAAGCCCAAUGCCCGACGUGUUUAUGCCUCAAUUUUAAACAGUUGCACCUCAUCCGAUGGAUACACCAAGGAGGGUAUUACUUUCCCUCGACGAGAGGUACAAGUUGAAACAAUGAAGCAAACAAUCAAACAAUCGGGUGUUAAUCCAUUUGAUGUUACCUAUGUUGAAGCUCAUAUAACGGGAACCGCUGCCGGUGAUCCAAUUGAAUCUUCAGCCAUUAUGGAGGCUUAUCGAGCCAAUUCUGAUCGACCGCUCAUGUUGGGAUGUUUAAAGUCCAAUAUCGGCCAUUCCGAGGCAUCAGCUGGUCUUUGCGCUUUAACAAAGGUCCUGAAAAUUUUCCAAACCCAAUUAAUCCCUCCAAACAUCAACAUGAUCAAUUGUAAUCCACGAAUUGAAACUCUUAGAGAGGGAAGACUAAAACCCGUCACUAAACCGACCAUUUUUACCGAUGAAAUAAUUUCCGUUGAUGCUUUUGGCUUUGGUGGUUCCAACACUCAUGUUAUCCUUAAAGGGCCAAGAAAUAAAUCAUCACCAAGUAAACAAUUACCACCAUCGCUAUCAACUGAUUAUUAUCCACGAUUAACUUUAAUCUGUAAUCGUACCAAGGAAGGGAUUAACGAGAUGAUCAAGACAAUUGAAAAUGUAAACAAACUGACCAAUGGCUAUUUAACUAUGUUAACUAAUCUUGGUUACAGUUCAAUUGAAACUGGUUUUCAUUAUCGGUCAUUUGUUUUAAUUGAUUCUAAUCAAAAGGUUUACAGUGAAUCAAAUUUAGCAAUUAAACAGAAACCUUUGUGUUUACUUUUUGAUGAUUUGGAUAAUUUUAAUUCUGGUGAUCAACAUAACAACAAUUUAACAAUUUUAACUGAUUUUGUGACCAAAGCUAAAUUGUUUAUCAAUCAAAAUGCUGGUAAAUCUUUCCAAGUAUCUAAAUCAAUGGAUAAACAAAUUGAUUUGGUUAUCAAUCAAAUGGCUUAUGCUUUUCUCAUUAAAUCACUUGGCCUGAUUCCCGAUUUAAUUGUUGGCAUUGGUAUUGGUAAAAUAGCCGCUCAAUAUACCGCUGAUCAGAUCACUUGGGAAAAAGGAUUAACCUUAGCUGUUAAUUACUCUAAUCAGAUGACCAGUGGAAAAGGUAAUCAACAAUCAUCAAUGGGAACCAAUUGUCCAGAUAAAAAUGGUAAAUUGUCUGACCUUUUAAAAUGGAUACAAAUACAAUCAACACAAUUAACCUGUAACAACAAUGGUAAUUGUAAACUAUCAACAUCAAUCAAUGACGAUUACUAUUUCCAUAUUAAUCAAGAGGCUAAUAAUUUAUUGAGAUCAUCAUCAAUCAAUGACUGGACAAUGGUUCGUCUCAAUACAAACAUGUUGACCUUUAACUUGACCAAUAAUUUAAAAUUAACCAGCAAUCAAUUGGAUUCUAAAUCAGUUCUAAUCAGUAUUGGAAAUUUGUAUCUUAAUGGUUAUAAUCCAAGAAUUAAUAUUCUUUACCCAUGUAAUUAUCCAGUUGAAGCUGAUUGUCCAUCAAUAGGUCAUCUUAUUGAAUGGAAACACGAUAUUCACUUCGAUAACAUGGUCUAUCCCGAGUUCUUCCGAGAUUCUUUCCGAACCAAUCAUCGAAUUGACCUGGUUGAUUCCAACUAUUCUUACCUUGCCGAUUACCUUGUCGACGGUUCGGUUACCCUUCCAAUCGCUGGUUAUAUCUGGAUAAUUUGGGAACAUUUAGUUAAGAUGAGAUGUUCUGAUCAACAUGUUCGAUACCAUUCAUUUGAACUUUGGUCCACUCAGAUUCACCGGUUAACCUGUAUAAAAGAUCCAGUUGAAUUCCGAAUAGGAUCAAACCCGGUAACCCAUGAAUUCAUUGUUAAAUUGGGUGAAGAUAUUUGUGUAACUGGAUUCGCUAAAAUAGUUGAUGAUUUACCUUUCGAUUAUAAUCUUGGUCACCUUGAUUUACCAUCAAAAUCACCCAAUGAACAGCUCACACUGACCUCGGAAGAUUUUUACACGGAAAUGUCAAUCCGAGGAUUAACCGUUAAACCAAAUUGUCAAGCGAUUAAUUCAGUUACCGCUGAUGGUUUACAAUCUAAAAUUAAAUUCACUGGAAAUUGGAUUGUCUUUUUUGAAUCUUGUCUACUUGUACCUCUAUUGGGAGACUUGGAUAGAUGUUUGAAAACAGUUACCUCAUUAGAUUGGUUCCGUUGUGAUCCAAUUAUGAUUAACGAUCAAUUUAAGGCUUCCAAGAAGAUUAAAAAUGAUCCUGGACUUAAUCUAGUUCACAAUACAAGUCUGGGUACUUUUGGUACCCAUGGAUUAGUUUUCAAAGUUCCUAAUUAUAAUUCAAUUGGACGAUCAUUGGAUAUCAAUAAUUUACACCAUAAAUUUCAAACUUGGAUUCCCUAUUUUGGCUCAUUGCCAAUGGAUCAUGUUGAUUAUCAAUCUCAGGGAAGAGUUAAUUAUCUUAAUGCUGUUGAUAGGAUGUUAAAUGCUCUCGAUAAUCCAAGAGAUUGGAUUAAUGUUCCAACCCUGAUGGGUUCAAAUGAUGUUUUACUUAAUCUACUCUGGGAAACAUAUAAAAAUCCUCGACCAGUUGAUCAUCUCCGAGAACAAUUUAUCUCAAAUAGAGUGAAAUUAAAUCAGGAUAGAUUAAUUUAUGAGCAGCAAACUCAAUUGUUACUUCAACAUUUGGCUAUUUUCGAGGAAAAUGUCAAACCAAAUGGAACAAUUAACAUUAAAUCAAUGGGAUUAUCUGGUUAUCCAUUUGAGGAUAUUUGCUAUAACUCAUUCCGUCGUAUCCGUAAUCGUUAUUCAUUUGCAUCGGAAUCAACACCAAUCAAAAAUUUAGAUUUAAUCAUCUACAAUCAUGAGAGUAUGAGUUUACUGCCAAGUCUAGAUGAUGAGCAAAGUAUUCAACAAUUAACUGAUCAUCUCUCAUCAAUGGAAUCAUCGUCAUUUGUUAUCGUUCAAUUAAGAGAUUCAGUGUUACCCUUGGAAAAUAAAUUAUCGGCUUAUACCAAGAUUGAAAUGAUUAAAUCAAUGGAUCGUAAUCGAGUUAAUAUCAACAAAUUGUUGAUUGAACAAAACUUUAUUCCAAUAUCUGAAUAUUCAAUUGCCAAUGGGCAAAUGUAUUCAUUGUUAUUUAGGAAGAAAGUUCAAUUUAAUUCAGAGAAAUCAAUUUGUCACUUUACAAUUAAGGAUCGUUCCUAUGAAUGGAUUACUGAAUUACAAAAGGAAAUUGCUAAUCCAAAUUAUGAGAGGAUUUGGUUGAUCGCGGAUAAAACUGAUCGAAGUGGAAUCAUUGGUCUAAUUAAUUCACUUAAAGAGGAACAAUUUGGAAAUAAAGUUCGAUGUAUAUUCAGUCCUGGUUCUAAAAUUGAUCUCAAUUCUGAAAUUUGCUCAGAAUUACAAUCGAAAGAUUUAGUUAUCAAUGUUCUGAGCAAUCAAACAUGGGGAUCAUUCCGACACUUUGGAUUAUCAAAUGAACAAAUUUUCACUAAUCAUAAGCAAGUUUACCUUGAUUGGAGUGGUGAUAAUGAGGAUAAAGAGAUUAGUAGCAAAUUGGUUUGGUGUAAAUUGCCCAAUUUAAUUGUUAAAGAUGAUUAUGUUGUUAAUCAUUAUGCUCCAUUAGAUUUUACAAUUAAAUCUGUCCAUAGACAGUCAAUUAAAUCAACUGAUUGUGCCCAAGGAAUUGGUAAUGAAUUUGCUGGUCAAACCAAGAAUGGAAUCAAAGUAUUGGGACUUUGCACUAAUCAAGGUGUUUCCAAUAUAAUUAAACCUGAACAAUUAAUCUUUGCUCUUCCAGUUCCAAACAAUUGGAAUCUAAAAGAUGCCUCAUCAAUUGUAUUACCUUAUACAAUUGCUUAUUACUCGUUAAUUGUUAGAGGUUCAUUAAAAUACAAAUCAACUGUCUUAUUAUACAAUUUGACUGAUGGUUUAAUUGAAGCUUCGGUGACAAUCUUAACCUCACGGUGUAAUGUUAUCAUUUAUCAUGAUAAUUUAUCGACCGCUAAUCUGAUUGCUCUUGAUGGUAUAUCCAAGAAUCAAUUGUUAUCACCAAAAGUUGAUUUACUUAAACAAAUUGGUUCUCAUACUGAUUAUCAAGGAUUAGAUUAUAUCUUUUCAAUGGAUUCAACUGAUAAACUUGAAAAUUUAUCAACUUGUCUCUCUCUUAAUGGUAAAUUAAUCCAUCUGAUUUCGGGUAUUCAAUCACAGAAUCAAGUUUUCGAGUCUUCAUGGUUACCUGUAAAUUCAAGUUUAGAGUCAAUUGUUUGGCCUGAAGUAAUUAAAGCUUGGAGUUGCAAAUCAGAUUCGAGGAGUUUAAAACAUCUCGAUUUAGUUGUAGAUUAUUUGAAAAAAGGUUUGACCAAUGGUCAAAUUAAGCCAAUCAAGAAAGUGAACCUUUUCAAACGAGUGGAUCUUAUAAAAGCAAUAAAUCAAUUAUCUUCAUCUAAUCCAUUGGGUAGAGUUGUAAUUCAAUUGAUUGACAAUGAGGGUCAAGCUAAACAAUCAGUUGAUUGUCUGGAUUUGGUUCCAUGUGAGGCAAGGACUAAAUUCAAUAGUGAUAAAUGUUACCUAAUCUUUGGUGGAUUAGGAGGAGUUGGACUUCAACUCGGACAAUGGAUCGUUGAACAUGGAGGUAGAAAGAUAAUCCUAAUCUCACGAAAAGGAGUAACUAAAAAUUUCCAACGAUUUAUGAUCCAUAAAAUGAUGACAUGGCCCGAUAAGGUUAAUCCAGUUAUGGUGAAAACCUUUGAAUUACCUGAGAAUCCAGGUUACAAUGAGUGUCUAUCACUGAUUGAGAAAAUACAGUCAACAAUUAGUCUAAUUGGUGGUGUCUUCAAUUUAGCGGGAACAUUGGCAAGUGGACUAUUUGAAAAUCAAACAAUCGACAAUUAUAAUCUUGUCUGUUCAUCUAAAGUUGAAUUAACUGAGCAUCUUGAUGUGAUUACCCGUUCAUAUUGUUCAUCAUUAGAUUAUUUUGUUUGCUUCUCAUCAAUUGGAUCAACUGGUAUUCUUGGUGAAUCAAAUUAUUGUUAUGCUAAUUCAUACAUGGAAAGGAUUUGUGAGGCUCGAUGGUCAUCUGGUCAUCCUGCUUGUGCCAUUCAAUAUGGAGCCAUUGGUGAUGUAGGUAUGGCCACCGAUAAUUCAUUAACUGUAAUUGCUGGAUCAGUACCACAGCCAAUAUUUAGCUGUUUACAAAGUUUGGAUAAAUUUUUACAGCUUAAUUAUCCAGUCAUGUAUUCAGCGAUUAGCGCUGAGAAAUCAGGUUCAGCUGAUGGUUCCAAGGGUGGAUUCAUUCAGCAUAUUGAACAUAUUCUGGGCUUACAGAAUUUGGAUACUCUGGAUGAGACAAUUACUCUUGGUGAUCUUGGUCUUGAUUCACUUCAGUCAAUUGAAGUUAAAGAUUUGAUUGAUAAAACUUAUGGAGUAACUUUACAGAACAUUGCAAUUGGUAAAUUGUCCAUUGGAAGUUUAUUACGAUUCAAGGAGGAACAUGCAAAUUCUGGUGGUUCUGAGGGAGGAAAUUACACCGAAGAGGUUAUAAUCAAUCUAACCGAUAAAGGGAAAGCUCCAGUUUUCUUUUUCCCUCCGGCGUUAUUUGAUUUCCUUUCUAUGAAAGCAUUGGCUGAAUCGUUACAACGAACUGUUAUCGGUGUUGAUCUACCAGAUUCUGUUCGUCAAAUUGGUAAUUUACAUAAAAUCGCUGAAUUUUAUGCAAAUAAAAUAUUGGAAAAAUUUCCUGACGAGAGUAAAUAUUAUUUCGUUGGUUAUUCGUAUGGUUGUUUAAUUGCCUUCGAAGUGGCCAAAGUUUUACAGCAAAUUGUUGGUCCAAGUAAGAUGAAUUGUCUGUGUUUUAUUGAUGCAACACCUUAUGGACUUAAAAGACUGGGACAGAUCACUACCAAGGCCGCUUUACUUGGACUUCCUGGUUCGGAGGUUUUUUGUAUUGCAAUGGAUCAUCUUGGUGUUCAUUUUGAUGAGCCAACUCGACAACGUUUAUUGGAAGCCGAAGAUGAUGAUGAACGAUACAUAGAACUUGUCACCGAACUAAUGGCCUCCGCUGGGAUGAACGGACCUGCAGAGGGAUUACUUCAUAAUCCAGUGGCCAAUAUUGACAGAGGUUAUUAUCUAACCCACAUGGAUGAUCUUGGUAAAUUCAAUGGUGAUGCUCUAUUCAUUAGAGCUAGUAAGACUAAUCAUGGAAAACCAUCAACAGUUUGUGAAGGAUUAUCCAAGAUUAUCACUGGAAAAAUCAAGGAAGUGCUUUACAAUGCUUCUCAUUUCGAUGUGCUCAAAGUCUAUGCCAAGGAAAUUGCUCAAGAAAUUGAAGAGAUGAUGCCUCCGGAUAUAUGAUAAUUAUUUGGAACAAUUUUUUAUUUCUUUAAUUUGGAAAAAGAUAAAUUUAACUAUUCUCAA